CACACUAAUGCCCACCCUCUCCCUGGUACAACAGCGAACAAUAGAACAAUGGCUCCCUUCUCCAUCGCGCCUUGGCAGCUCGGUGCCAUUGCCGGAGUCAGCUCGUAAUGCUGCUUUACACGGGGGAAGAUGGGCGAGCAGAGACGAUCAGCAUCAAGCUCCUAUCAGCCGAGGUCUAUCUGGAGAAAGAGGGUGAAAAGAGAAUGGAAACCCUUGGAGGACCGAAGCUGCACAGAUCUCCCAUGGUUCCUUCUAUUUAUGCUCUUCUGCGGAGGAAUGGGUGCUAUCUGUGGUUACACUAUAGUGACAGGCGGUGCAGCACGCCUGGUGUUUGGAUAUGACAGCUACGGCAACACUUGCGGCCAGAGGAAUGAGGCCAUUGAAGGGGUCAAGCUCAGCGGCUUGGACCACAGUGACAGAAAAUAUGUGUUCUUCCUGGAUCCAUGCAACUUAGACAUAAUCCAAAGGAAGAUUAAAUCAAUGGCACUGUGUGUGUCGCAGUGUCCUACUGAGGAGUUGAAAACAUACGACGAUCUAAAGAAAUUUGCCAUGACGAAUGGCUCAGAGCUCUGCUCCUAUGAGCUGGCUGGCCAUAGGUACCCAAGCCUUCCAGAGCGCUUUGACAAAUGUCCUAAACUUCCAGUUCCACAGAGUAAAGCUCUGCCGGUGUUUAACCGCUGCACGCCUGUGGACAUUUCCUGCUAUUCUAAGUUUGCAGAGGCGGUGGUGACGUUUGUCAGUGAUAACACCAUACUUCACAGGCUGAUCGCUGGAGUGGUGGCCAGUAAGGAGAUCAUUGCGGGGCUUUGCCUGCUAGCGCUGGUGCUCUCCAUGAUCCUGAUGGUGAUUAUUCGCUACAUCUCUGCAGUCCUGGUGUGGAUUCUCACUGUUCUUGUGGUGCUGGGCUCACUAGGAGGCACCAGCUUUCUGUGGUGGUUAUAUAUAGACCACAGGCUGAUGAUGAACGAGACUGUGGCUACAGAUUUAAAGGAAGCAAAAGAAACCAAUGAUGAACCUGUGGCUCCCAAAGACCACGUGCAAGGACUACUGGUCUACGCCACCUCAGCAACGGUGUUCACGGUGAUCUUGCUGUUGCUGAUGCUGUUCAUGAGGAAGCGAGUGGCUCUGACCAUCGCCCUGUUCCACGUGGCCGGGAAAGUUUUCAUUCACCUGCCGCUGCUGGUGCUGCAGCCUUUCUGCACCUUCCUCGCCCUCUUCCUCUUCUGGGUCUACUGGAUCCUAGUACUCCUCUUCCUCGGAACCACCGGAAAUCCAGAGAAGAACGAGAAGACUGGUCUGACUGAGUUCAGACUGAGUGGCCCGCUGCAGUAUCUCACCUGGUACCACGCUGUGGGUCUCAUUUGGAUAAGUGAAUUCAUCUUGGCUUGUCAGCAGAUGACUGUAGCUGGAGCUGUGGUCACAUACUACUUUACCAGGGACAAGAACAAGCUCCCUUUGACGCCCAUCCUGUCAUCAGUGUUCCGUUUGAUCCGUUACCACCUGGGCACCGUGGCCAAGGGCUCCUUCAUUAUCACCCUGGUCAAGAUCCCACGUCUCAUCCUCAUCUACAUCCGUAAUCAGCUCAAAGGAAAGGAGAACGCAUGUGCACGCUGUAUGCUAAAGGCGUGUAUUUGUUGCCUGUGGUGUCUGGAGAAGUGCCUCAAUUAUCUAAAUCAGAAUGCAUACGCAGCUACGGCUAUCAACAGCACCAGUUUCUGCACGUCGGCACGUGAUGCGUUUGUGAUUCUGGUGGAAAACGCUCUGAGGGUGGCAGCCAUCAACACCGUGGGAGACUUUGUGCUUUUCCUGGGCAAGGUCCUGAUCGUGACAUGUACAGCGUUUGCGGGGGUGCUGGCGCUGAACUAUCAGGGGGACUACACAGAGUGGGUGCUGCCGCUCAUCAUCGUGUGCCUGUUCGCCUUUCUGGUGGCCCACUGCUUCCUGUCCAUCUUCGAGAUCGUGGUGGACGUGCUGUUUCUCUGCUUCGCCAUUGACACCAAAUACAACGACGGCACACCUGGCAAAGAGUUCUAUAUGGACAAAGCCCUUAUGGAGUUUGUGGAGAACAGCCGGAGGUCGGUGGCGCCGGCAGAGCGCGGACGGAGCAGCAAGCGUUCUCGCCCCCGUGAGGAGGCGGGGCUGACUGAGAUGAACACCAUGGCGCCCGGAACAAGCUCAGCUUGACCAAAAGCCGGCCAUGGGACUUUUUAAAGACAUUCCAAAAUGUUUAUUUUUACCAAUGUGUAACAUGUUUACUAUGGUUUCACUCCAGGGAAUACAAUAUUUUAAUAAGAAACUGUAUAAAAAAAAGAAAUAACAAUGUAAUGAAGCACUUUAUAUUGAAGCGCUGCAUAUUUUAAAAGGCUGAUGCAUUUUUCGUAGUGAUGUCCUUUUUUAUAAGACUAAAACAAUUGCCAUCUAGUGAAACAGUAUUAAUAAUGUCUAGAAUCACUGUUUUUAUUAUGUAAAAUUUUCAUAACAGACUUUUGUUUCUUUUUUUCUUAAAUGGGUUUCUUGAGGUUUAGUAGAAACCUUUGUGUCAUGCAGCAAUGAAGGACUUAAUUGGUUUUUUAUUGUUUUAGGUCCUAACACUGAAGCAUCUGUAUAUCAUUUGCUCUUAUUGAUAUUUUUAUUAUACCCAGUCACAUUAUGGAUGUGUAUUUGGGAUGAUGCUUAGAGGCUGAGAUAAAUUUUGAGAUUUUUUUUUUGUUUUGUUUUGUGCCUCAAUGUUAAAGAAGAUAAAACCCAAUGAUUUAGACAUCAAAAUGAAACUUGUUUGAAUCUUUUGGGCCAAUGACACCUGUUGUGCAAUGAUGGGUUUUUUUUUUCCCCAGCUUUACUUUAAGCUAAAUAUAAAGCAUAAAUGAUGUUAAUUAGGAUUAAAUGCAAACACUGGAUUA